AUGGCAGCAAGUUUAAAGGAUCUUAUAGAACAUCUGCUGGAGGAGAUAUCCUUACGCGGUGAUCAAGGGGUCUCUCCGAGAGAAGUUCUUGGGUUUAUCGAUGAAUUUUACUCUCUGCAGCGCCAAAAAAAUGAUCGGGUUGAACGUGAUGGGGCUCCAGCAGCGCGUCGUAUACCCAAGCUUGACAGACCCUUCAAGGCUAAGGUCUGGAAAUGGCUAACUGACCACCCCGAAGUCUCGGUCGGGAAAGAUAGGGAGGGCAACUCCCUUGCUCUGCAUGAUCUUGUGCCCCCUCAGCCCAGCGAUGCUGGUCGGGAGCCGGCCAUUGACCCGGCAUUAAGGCUGGCAUCGAGCUCUCACCAUGAAUUGUCAGUAUUUGUGUCACCAGAGCGUACCUGGCUCUCAAUCACUGGCCAUGAACCAGAUUUCACAAGGGUUUUACCUUUGGAAUUUGCCCUUUUGUCGGUAAUUGCGUCCCGGAAGGAAAAAGGGAUUGUGCAGUCAGAGCUUGUGCGUCUAAGUGGGCAAGACAAGCGGUCAGUCCCGAAGAGAACCGAUCUAUUACAGGAGAAGGGAUACAUUGAAAAACGAGCCAUCCAGUACCAAGCUGCGAGAACUAGUUUGUGUACUUUGAAUAAAUUCGCCGGGCUAGGGCCCGGAGAGUUAUCGUAUGAUCCGUCAUCAACUGUGGAAACAGGCACUCAGUCUUUCAGGAAUAAGAUAAUAGACUUCACAGUUUUGCGGGAGAGACUCUUUGAACUGUUAAGGGAGUACAAUGUUAUUACUCGGAAUGACCUCAAGGAGAAAAUGGGAAUGCAAGAUCGUUGGCACGGAAAGAUAUUACGGAGGGCGAUUCGGAAGUUUGAGGCUAUUGGUUGCGUCCGGCGAGUACGGGCCGUAUCUCAGUAUUCAAAAACAAUGAAGUCUUUACACCCUUCGGUAAUGCUGAUCCGUGAACCAACGGAGAAAGACAUCAAACUCUUCCACGAAGACAGCAAGGGGUUGAUGUCAUCACUGGAGCGAUUAGACGGCGAUAUGGGCAUCGACGAAGACCAAGAACAAGACCAAGACAUCGUAGUAGACCCAAGCUUGGAAGCUGAUUCGAACAAAGAAAACUAUGUCGUUGAUGUUGGUCGAGUUGUUCCUCAAUGGACGCCAGAUAGAACUCUGCCUAAUUUGGUGUUUGAUGCUAUCAAUCAGGCUGGGACACGGGGAAUCUCCAAUAUUAAUGUUAACCAAGCGACUAUGGGUGCUUUUUUUAGGCGGCCUUUGGAGACCAUUCUUUCCCGACUGACAAGUUCAUGGCAGCACUCUCAACCUCUUCACCUUCGACACUUAGCCCUUGUUCGCGACACAGCGCUCCACAAGACUGUAUAUUAUUACAUUCAUUAUUCAUUUGGAAAUUUUGCUUCUCUCGUCAAUGGCGGCCAUGCUUCGUGGGAUGCCGUUGCCGCAGGUCCCAGGGGGGGAAAGCGAACCGCCAAACCUCCACCAAUCGAUGCAAAGCCUAUCUUAGACCAGUAUGGUUUUCUAGAUGAAAUGCCGCAAAAUCUUUUGAGGAAAGGUGAUGCAAACCUCCGCGAAUGUUUAGAAGUUGCCAAACCGGCAAAGUGGAAUCUUACGUAUAAUGACCCGGUUGCUGUAGAACUUCUGGACGGUACAUAUACCGUGGAUUUCUUCCGAAAGAGCAAUUCAAGAUCAGCGCUUGAGCGUGCUCGAGAUGCGGGGGUAUUUGAGACGGAUGACCGUCAAUUACUCGGCACCAGGUCACCAAAACAGGGCCGCUCCGACUCUGUUCUGCAAUUAUUACCCCCAGGUGGCCAAAAUGGGGUUGAAGACAUGUCCUCGCGGCCGAUGAAGAGGCGGAAAGUUGUGUCAGAUCCAUAUGAGGGACUAACUGGAAAGGAACUCUUAGAAGCACAGGGCCUUGACGAAGGUUGGACAGAAUAUAACCUUCUACUCAUGGAUCGCCCAACAACUGGAGUGUACGUGACACCAUUUGGCAAGCGGCGACCCGUUGGCAAAAGGCGAGGGCGUCCAGGGAAAAGUCGUAUUGCUGUAUUCAAAUCAUCACGACUUAAGGAAUUCGAAUGGUUUGUUCCGCAAACAAGUCCCGAACCCUCUGCAAUGGGAGAGACAGAAACCACUCCAGCAGUUGAAGCGAGUACACAGGCAGUGUCUGCGAACCUAUCCAUGGAACGACGUCCUUGCCGCCCAGUUAGAGCUGCUGCUCAACGGCAGACAUAUGAGAUAAGCAACGAAAACGGCGAUCAGGGGGAUACAAUACAGUUAGAAACGGGUAUUGACGACUCGGAUGCAGAAUGGGAUAUAGAAACGCCCAAAAUGGCAGUGAAAAGACGACACUCAGAUAUUAGCGUACCGCUACCUGCAAAUGCAGAGGCAACCCCUGUUCGAAGAAGAGGGAGACCACCGAAAAAACGAAAACUUGACGGUCAGGAAGUAACACCAUUGGCAGCGGCUCUGGAGCCGAGUAUACCGACUAACGGUACGGACUCAAGGGUUUCAGAUGAAGUAGAAAUGCAAAUUUCUGUGCGUCAAACUGAGCUAGAGACCGCUGAACGUCCGGGCGGCCAGUUACCAGAGCAGGAACUGGAUGUAAUGCCAUCCCAAAAUCAUCAGGCUAUUAACAGCCAGGGGGCAGUUGCCCAACCCACAACGCCUAUAACCGCUGCGGCGCCGCCUUCACUAACUCAGGGCAGCGAGGCUGUUGAAGAAAUUUCUGAUACCCAGAUGAAGAUAGAGCCUAUGGCUGAUUACUUUGAGAAUCCCGUCGCUGUCAACAGUACCCAGUCUGUGGAUGAGAUGGGCCCUGAUUUGCGAGAAGCUGCUGAAAUAGCCAUCACUGAUACCCCUGACGCAACAGAUGCACCCAGCACUGAAGUCGGCGAUAUUAAGGGGAUACCUAAGAGAGAUAUCCGAUCUGGUUCAAUCGGCGUUCUUAGAAAAAAGCUACUCCUAGACAUUCUACACAAGGCCGGGGGUUUAUAUCCUAUGGGGAGUGAAAUGUGGUACCCCUUUACGACUCUGUGGCUAAAAAUGAAACAAGCAACGAAACCUGAUGCACGAACAGUCAAGAAUGCAAUGAGGUCACUUAUCGAGAGCGGUAAAGCCAAGCAACAUACAUUUACCGGAAGAAAUUCGAAAGGCCUCAUGGUCAGAAAGAGUAUUCUAUCACUUCCAGAGAUUACGGCAACACACCCGAAACUAAGAGCUAUGCAAAGGGAAAUGCUCGAUAUGGACCCGCAACUAUAUCUACCCUUGGAAGUAGAGAUUGAUCCUGACCUGAGGAAAUCUAACCGUGGCUUCCUGGGAUAUGGCGUAAAACUUCCCGAUAUUGAUGGAGAGGUCAAUGUAACGCUUCAUCAGCCGCCUGCUAGAACCCGCAAACAGCUAACCAGGGCAGAACAGCGAUGGAAUCUGGAAGGCUUUGAAGGCUGGCUUAUGGAUUUUGGUACAGAUGGGCUAUCUCUUUAUGACGCCCCAGUUAACCGACUUGAGAGUAUCAGGCGACUGACACAAGGCCGUUCGUAUCUUGAUUCUUUUAACUCGCACCCGGCGUCCGGGGCUUUACGGCGCAGGUAUCCUGUAUCUGCACUACCUCUGUCAUCAAGAAGAUAUAUGAUAACGGCACGAUCAAUGCUCAUGUCCCCAAUUCAAACAUACCACCCAUCUACCGGAACCUUUGGAACCGGAGCCUAUAUACCGAGAGCGAUAUAUAGGGUGUUCUUUAAACACCCACACGAUCAUCAACAAAUUAUAACCCAGCCUGAUAGUUUGGAGAGUAUCUUGACACAGAUGGGGGGUCGUAGGUUCGAUACCUCCAGGUUAUCCGACCCCGUUACACAUCAAUUUUUCUACAACGUCGAGAAAGUUAGGCAAUGUGAGACGAGAUAUCCGGAGAUAUUUGACAUGCCUAACCAUGACUACGUCUACAUAAACCAUACUAUCGAAAAACUACCCGAAACUCCUCCAGUCGAGGGGCCGAUACGAUUUGAGUGCGAUACCUCGGCGAUUUUUAACGUGGAGCCGGCACGGAGAUUAACAAGACAAAUUGCAAAGAGAUAUCAGCCUCCUGAAGUUAUCCUUGCGCGAAAUUUUGGUGCCGAUCAGAGUCAGCGCUGGCCUGAAAGAGAUGUAUAUCCCGAGACCACACGCAAACUCACCCAAAUUCAAGAGUCCAAGUCGACUAGAGAUUCGGAUAAGACAGCUAGGAACCGGAAGAUGAGACGCCUUGGUUCUUUCCCCGAAAAGGUAGCUCAGAGAUUGAUGGUAGCAAUGGUUGUCGUGCGUACGCUCGCUGGAGGUCUUGAAGGGAGAAUGGUUGAAUGGGCGUUAAUUGCGCCCCUGUUUCCCGAGUAUACCCCCAAAUUCGUACAUGAUCGAGGUCGAACCUUGACAGGGAAGCAUAGGCUUCAACUGAUAAAAAUGCAGAGCGACUUCCAAGAAAAGUUUGCUGAUGCAUACGAGAAGGGGGAAGUACCACCCAUCAACUUUGAUAAUUUAGAAUCUUAUGACUGGGAGUGGAUUGUGGAAUGGGCUAGUAUGAACUUGGAAGAGCCCUCUAUGGGAAGACUUCCGAAUCUCCCAGCAUCCCGGUCACAGUUUGAUACCCUAUUCGAAAUCAGAGAGGAGCCAUGUCAACAACUUGAUGAAAUCUAUCAAUAUAACGCCCCUAUCACUAUACCAAGAAAACGAACAUUAUUAGCCAAUAUUUUAUCCUCGGAUACCUUUUUAGAGGACAAGGGCCUAGGAAGACCAAGGCCUCCGGAUCUCGAGCUGCUUGACGUGGCAAAGACAUGGGUUCGUGCCAAUGUGGUAACCCCCGAAGAGUCGUAUCGGCCAGCCGAAGCUGGACAAACAAUGAGGCAGUUUGGUGAGGAUCUCUUAAGCAGAGCGAUCCAAUCUCUUAUCACGGAGCGAGUUAUCUCUAUGGGCAAUAAGGGUCGAAUAACCCCUGGACGCAAUUUCGACCUCACAGAGCAGUUCCUAGGUACUAUCACUCGUAGGCGCCCCGUUGAAUCAACCCAACUGAAACAAGCUGCUUGUUUCAAAACAGAUGUCCUUGAUCCAGCACUUCGGUCAGAGGGGAGCUAUAAUGUGAAGUAUGAAGCAGAAGAUGGCGACAUACUUGUCUUGAUCAACCUGGCGUCGAAGCGGCGCAUCGUAUUAGUACCAAGGGACCCUCCCCGGAACAAGCACGGGUUAACGGAUGGAGGGUACCUGACGCGGCUCAUGGACAAGGGAAAGCUUCGGUUUAAUGUUGAGAUUCACCCAGUUCAAGGUCGGUAUAUCUACGGCAAUCCAAUUGGAGAAUCAUUAGUGAAGGCACCAAUACCAAAGGGCGAUCUGGGUGGCUCGAUGAUGCCAACUGAAUUGUCGCAGCUACCCAAAAUCCCUCUUUGGUUUGACGUGCACUCUCAGUUCGUCAAGAUAGUCUGGGACUUGGUUAUAUCUGCAGUUGUUGGGAUACUGGUUGCUCGCCCAGCAAUUGAAAUCAAAGGAAUUACCCGUAUGCUUGAGCCAUGCCUAGCAGAAUGGGAGGUCAGAUUGAUUCUGAACUGGCUUGUUGAAGCCAGGGUCAUCGAAAGCGUCCGAGGCCUAGAAGGAAAAGAUGCUGAAGGUGCUGGAUGGGUAGUGAGUGAGUGGUGGUGGAUGGUUCUUGGCCAGCCUGAUAGCAGCCAGGCAUAA